GUACGGGUGCGUGGAAUGAAGCAGCUUCUGUUCUCCAGAGCAGGCAACAGAGCUUGGACACGCGUCGCAGUUUCUCUCUCCCUCUGCUUCUUCCCAACCCGCUUACUCAAUGUGCCGUUUUCUCGAAUAUUUGUACAGAAAUAAGAAAAACAACAACAACAAACCUCAUAAAAAUUUCAAACAUUGGUCGAAAAAGGAAUGAAAAAAGUGUCAAAGCAGUGAAAAACAACUAGAAGAAAAUUCACCAGCGGCAGAACGAGAAAGAAAAAAGGCCGUAAAAAGAGCCAAAGUUUGGCUGUCUCGUUCUAGCCCCCGCUUAUAUAAAUGGAGAAUAAUUCUUGAGAUUGCUUUUUGGCAAAGCCAAGCCAAGCUAAGCAAGCAAGCCAGCAGCAAACUCGAAACAGAGGAAAAUUUUGUGGAUUUACAUUUUCCGUCGCCUUUCUGGGCGAGCGAGAGCGCGCUUGUGUGUGUAAGUGUGUGUGUGUUUGUGUGCUGUGUGUGUGUGUGUGUGUGCGCCUGGCGUUUCUUUUGUGGAUUAUUACGCCCUCUCGCACACUCUCUCUCCCUCACUCACUCACACUCACACUCACCGAAGAGGAGGAGAGCGAACAGGCCAGCAAGCUGCCAGAGUCCUCGUUCGCACCUCGCCUCGCCACACAGCUCUUCAUCACCUGCCCAAUUCCCUUCUCAUCAACCCACCCCCCCACGCCCGUUCCAUCAACUGGAUGCUGUCUAUGAGAAAGGAACGAGCAUAUCAAGGGCAGAAAUUGCGAUUAUUUUGGAUUUAUAAAAAGUUUUGAAAAUGAACAGUUUGGCCCGUGGGCCGAGGCCCUGCGUCUCCCUGUGUGCUUGCCUGGAAAGCUCGACUAAACGGCAGCAACAACCCCAUCCCAGUAGCACCCGCGACAACAGCAACUCCAACAAACGCAGCAAAAACAUCACCGCUGCCUGCACGUUACCAGGCACUAUUGGAAGUACUUUGGGCCGCCCGCGCAGUGCGGCCGCCCGAUCGUUUGCGUCUGCAUGGAGUCAAUGAGACGUAACGAGGCGAACACUAGCCACCACCCGAAUAAGGUGGCCCUGAAUAGCAGCAACGUAGCAACGGAAAGCAAUAUUAAGAGUAACAAAUUGUUAGCUAAUUUAAGUGCAGCGAACGCAGCAACAAUCCAGACGGCAGCAGCAACAGCAGCAGGAACAGCGACGGCAACAACGGGAAACGCGACUGCAGCGACAACAACGAAUCAAACGUUGAAUUACAAUAGCAAAGGGAAGGUGACAGCAGCGGCAGCGAAUAAUCAGAGGAGCAAUCACAACAACAACAACAGCAGCAGCAAGAAGCACACGAAGGUAGCUGGAGCUGGAAAGACAACAGCCUCUUCCCACUCAGCGGCGCUGUCUUCGUCGAGCAGCUCCAACUCGAGCGAGUCGAAGGACACGAACUUCGAGUACGAGGACGAGUGGAACAUCGGGGGGAUCCCAGAGCUGUUGGACGAUCUAGACGCGGAUAUCGAAAAGUCUGCUGCGCAUUCGGGUGGUGGCAACCAGGCUACCUCGAUAAAUGCCAAGCAGGCAACCAGCUCCUCUUCCACAUCUACAUCGGCUCCAGUUAAAGCGAGUGGGUCAUCAUCAUCAGCACCAGCCGCAGCACCAGGAGCGUCAGGAUCAGGAACGUCAGCGGCUGCAGGGCAUCACAAGUCACACAAGACCACAUUGCAUAGCAAUUUGUCGGCCACAUCGCCAACCACAAUUAAGUUCACACGCCAGCCCAUCCCCAGUGGCGCCAGCGGGAGCAGUAGUGCAUCAUCUGCGUCAUCAACGCCUUCAAACGGGAACGGCAGUUCCAACAGCAGUAGCGGGAGCGGGAGCGGAAGCAACACAAACGUGGCUAGCAAGGGCUCCUCUUCGGGCAAGCAUCACCACCACCACCAUCAUCACUCGACAUCUUCCUCCUCCACCUCGUCGAGCUACAGCGGUAGCUCCAAGGGCUACAAAUCCGCUUUGGUGGCACAACUGAACACUCCCAGUACACUAGGAAGCAGUCACAGCAGCGGGAGUCACUCCAAAACGCCUUGCGCAAGCGGGACAGGAACCGGAGCCGGAACAGGAGCAGGAGCCGGAUCAAGCGCAGGAGUCGGAGGCGGAGCCGGCAGCACAUUGUCAUCCUCGACAUUUGCCGGCUUCUCUAAGGGAGGUAGCCUAGUCUCCCCUUCUACAGCAUCAGCCCCAGGCACAGCCUCAUCCGCAACUGGCACUGGUCAGCAGGCCCCCAAAGUCUCCGCUGGCGGCAUGUCCUCGCAAACGGGCAGCGGCAGCGGCAGCAACACAAGCAACAACAGCGGAAGCAGCAGCAUUAGUGGGAGCGGAGGAGGAGGCGGCAACGCCAACAGCACGGGAAACAGCGUGAACAACAGCGGCGGCAGCGGAGGCAGCCUCAGCGGCCCAGUCGGUGGCCAGAGUUCGCAAGGCGGCAGCAGCUCCAGCGGUAAAUCGAGCGCAAAAAUGUCCAUUGAUCAUCAAGCCACGCUCGACAAAGGACUUAAAAUGAAGAUCAAGCGCACCAAGCCGGGCACCAAGAGCUCGGAGGCCAAGCACGAGAUAGUUAAGGCCACCGACCAGCAGAACGGAGCCUUGGGCGUCAACUCGGCGGCCAACUCCAACGAGGACGGAAGCACGGGCGUCAACAACGCGUCGUCCCUCUCAUCCAGCAACUCUUCGAGCAGCGCCAGCAGCGGCAACUCCUCCAGUAGCGGGAGCAGCAGCGGGGGUAACUCCUCAAGUAGCAGCAAGAAACACAUGAACAACUCCAGUGCUGGCAGCGGAUCCUCAUCCAGUGGCGCCCAGAACAGUGCCGGCCACAGCAGCUCGGCCAGCACCUCCUCGAGCAGCAGCCAGUCAACGCCUCAGGGCACCAAGCGGGGCAGCUCUGGGCACAGGCGCGAAAAGACCAAGGACAAGAACGCACAUUCCAAUCGCAUGUCCGUGGACAAGUCGGCCGCGGCCGCAUCGGCGGCUGGGGAGAAGGACACGCCAGAGAAGAGUUCUGGAUCCGGAUCCGGCUCAGGAUCGGGAUCGGUUUCGGGGUCGGGGACAACGUCCUGCUCCUGCAGCGGUGACGUGGGAGCGCCCUGCUCCCACCACGCCUGCAUCCGACGCGCCGCGCACAUGUCCAACUCCAAUUCCAAUUCCAGCGGAGGGAGCAGUUCAGCCAACGUUGCUUCUACUGCCGCUGCCUCCUCCAUGUCAGCUGUGCCGCCAGGAGUUUUCACACCCUCCGCCGGCUCGCCCUCGGCGGGAUCUCCAUCGGCCGUCGUCCCCGCAGCAGCCUCUUUGCUGGCAGCCACAACGGCAGUCUCCUCAUCCGCCACCCAGCUAUCCAACAGCGGCGGGGGUGGGGGCGUUGUCGUUGUCGGCGUCGGCGUCACUGGAGGGCCGAAUGCACCGGGGCCGCCAGGAAAGGAAACUUCGGGAAGCAGCAUCAAGAUAUCCUCGCACAUUGCCGCACAGCUGGCUGCCGCAGCCGCAUCCAACAGUUACACCGGUCAGGGUCCCACUCCUGGUCAGGGACAGGGCGGGAGCGGAAGCGGAAGUGGAAGCGGCUCAAAUUCGAACUCCAACAGCAGUCAAAGCAGCUCGAGCAGCAGUGCAGACAGCAAGGCAUCGGCAGCGGCCCAGGCGAAAAUGAUGGCUCCGGGGAUGAUCUCAGCGACAGUCCACCACACGAUUUCGGUGCCGGCUGGCAGUGUUGGCGACGAGGACACCAAAUCCCCACCAGCCAAGCGGGCUAAGCACGAGGCAAACAGCUCCGGCGGCAGCGGCAAGGAGAUGGUCGACAUCUGCAUCGGCACUUCGGUGGGGACCAUCACCGAACCAGACUGCCUGGGGCCCUGCGAACCGGGCACCUCGGUCACCCUCGAGGGCAUCGUUUGGCACGAGACCGAGGGCGGCGUUCUCGUUGUGAACGUUACGUGGCGCGGCAAGACCUAUGUGGGCACCCUGCUAGACUGCACCCGACACGAUUGGGCUCCUCCAAGAUUCUGUGAUUCACCAACUGAAGAAUUAGAUUCUCGAACUCCAAAAGGUCGCGGCAAGCGCGGACGCAGUGCCGGCCUUACUCCCGACCUAAGUAACUUCACCGAAACCAGAAGUUCGAUUUAUUUCUCCCAUGCCCAAGUGCACUCGAAGUUGCGCAACGGCACCACUAAGGGACGAGGGGCAACGCGCAGUGCCUCGGGGAACGCGGCCACAAACAGCAACAGUGGAUCCUCUGGAAAUGGGGGCGGGGCCACGCCCAGCACAUCACCCACAGCAUUUCUGCCGCCGCGUCCGGAGAAGCGCAAGUCGAAGGACGAGGCACCGUCACCGCUCAACGGCGACGCGGACGGGUGCUCGGACCGGAGCAUGGUGAACGCCAGCGGCAUUCCAAUAUCGGCAAGCGGCGGUGGCCUGGCCACGCAGCCGCAGAGCCUGCUUAACCCAGUCACCGGACUCAACGUGCAAAUCAACACAAAGAAAUGUAAGACUGCCUCGCCCUGCGCGAUCUCCCCGGUGCUGCUCGAGUGUCCCGAGCAGGACUGUAGCAAGAAGUACAAGCACGCCAAUGGUCUGCGCUACCACCAGUCGCACGCCCAUGGGGCUGGCGGAGGCGCCAGCUCGAUGGACGAGGACUCGAUGCAGGCACCGGAGGAGCUGGGCACGCCGCCCUCGCCAGCCGGUGUUACAGCUACCGCUGCGACAACAGUAACAGGAGGAACAGUGGCAUCAUCCUCAACUUCCGCUUCCGCUUCCAACUCAAAUGUUUCUGUUGUCAACGGAAGCGCUCCUCCAGCGACAAGUGCAACAGCAGUCGGAGCCGGAGCAGCAGCAGCAGCAGCAGUAGCAGCAGCUUCAGUCGCCCCGAUAGCUACCACAUCCUCAGUGGAAACACCAGCUAUACCCGCUCCACUAGCAGUCACUCCGGCAACUCCGACACCCAUCUGCUCCGCAGCAACGCCAGUUGGUGCAGCAACAACAGAGGCUUUAGCCGUCUCUGUUGUGCCCAUAGCACCAAAUCUUCCGCUGGCAGUCCCAGUAACUGCUGCGACGGCGACGUCGUCAGUGCCUCCGCCAGCGCAGCCUCCGCCACCGCCACCGCAGCAACAACAGCAACAGCUGCUAACGCCAGGUAGUAGCUCGGGAAGCAAUCAGCCCGUCGCUGGGGGCAGCAUCACAGCUGGAAUCUCUGGCCAGGCUCUCUCCCAACAGCAGCAACAGCAACAGCUGAUGGGCGGUCUUCCAGCCAUGUUGACGGAGCAGCAGCAGCAGGCGUUGCUCCAGCAGGGCGCCUUGAAAGCCGGAGUCCUGCGCUUUGGCCCACCCGACGCCACUUCCCUGCUACAGCAACAGCAGCAGCCAGGCCAGGUUCAGGUUCAGGUUCAGGUCAAUCCACAGACGCAGCAGCAGUCGCCGCCGAGACCACCCAGCCACACACAGGACGUGCAGCAGACACCAGCUGGCUACGUACAGCAGGCCGGGCUAAAGACCUCUCCAGGAUUUGGGUCUGUGGGUGUGGGCUCCAAUAGCAAGCAGAAGAAGAACCGGAAGUCGCCCGGGCCAGGCGACUUCGAUGGCCGGGUGUCCCGCGAGGAUGUGCAGAGUCCGGCCUACAGUGAUAUAUCGGACGACUCUACGCCAGUGGCCGAGCAGGAGCUGCUGGACAAGUCGGUUGGGCAGGUGGGCAAGCACAUCGAGCUGCUCGGCAAGAAGGCCCCAGAGGUGGGCGUGGUGCCGGCAGCUUCCACACCCAGCAUUCCCGCCCUGGGCGGCUAUGGAAUGUACCAGUUCUACCCGGCUCAGCAGCAGGCGCCGCCGCCUCCACAACAACAGCCGCAGCAGUACAUGGUGCAGACGGGGCCCGAUGGCAUGCAGCCCGGAAAGCCAACCGGAAUGCCACCGACGCUCGCCCAGGCACAGGCACAGGCGCAGGCACAGGCGCAGGUCCAGCAGCAGCAACUGCAGCCGGGUGCUCCUCCGCCCACCUCACAGCCGCAGUCGCAUCUGCUUGUGCCACCCUCCCAGCAGGCGGUUAGUGCCCACCUGGCCGAUUACAGCAACAAGAACAAGGAUCCGCCUCUGGAUCUGAUGACCAAGCCACAGCCCGGGCAGCAGGCAACCCAUCAGCCACUGCAGCAGGGGCCGCCCCACGGCCAGGGGGAAAACAUCGGGAAAGAUGGAGGUGCCCCACCCACAUCUCAAGCGGGCAUCCAACCGCCACCUGUGAAUCUCAGUGCCGUGGCUGGCCCGCCGCCAGGAGCCCUGCCGCCUGGCCUGGGCAGUCUCUCAGCUCUUGGUGCCGCCGGCCUGGGCGGUCCAACGCCCGGAAAAGGCAUGCACCACUUGUAUCCCUUCAACUUUAUUCCGCCUGCGUAUCCGUACAAUGUUGACCCAAAUUUUGGGACCUUUUCCAUUGUGGGCUCCUCCGAGGAGACGGCGAAGCUGGGCGGGCAUCCCGGUCUGCCCGGGUCGCAAGCCCAGCAGCUGUCUGGGAUCAGCAUCAAGGAGGAGCGGCUCAAGGAGAGUCCCAGUCCACACGAGAACCCCAAGCACAUGGCGCCCCAGCAGCAGCUGCUGGCGAACAAGCUGAUCAAGCAGGAGCCGAUGACGAAGCAGGAGAUCAAGCAGGAGCCGAGCUCAAAUCCUGGCCAGCAGCACCCGCCGCCAUCUCAGACCCAGGUACAACAACCUCAGCAGCAGCCUCCACCCACGCAGCCCCAGCAGCCUCACGCAUUGCAUCCCAAGGAUCUGCAGGCCCUGGGCGCGUAUCCAGCCAUCUACCAGCGUCACUCGAUGAACUUGGCGGCGGUGCAACAGGCGCGCGACGAAGAGCUGCGAAGGUAUUACAUGUUUACUGGUCGACAAAACCAGGCAGCCGCCGCCGCUGCUGCUGCUGCUGCAGCCGCUCAGAACGCUGCCAGUGGCGGAGGUCCUGGUGGGCUUCCUCCACAUCCCGGCAUGCUGCACAAGGAUGACUCCAACCUCAGUCUGCAGCAGCAGCAGCAACAGCAGCACAUGACUCUUGCCCAGCAUCAGCAGCAAGCGCUUCAGCAGCAUCACCAGCAUCUCCAGCAGCAACAUCAGGCGCAGCAGCAGCACCAACAACAACAACAUCAGCAGCAACAGCAGCAACAACAACAACAGCAGCAACAACAACAGCAGCAGCAGCAGCAACAACAACAACAGAAGCUAAAACAAUCGCAGGCUCAGGCGUCCUCGGCGGCAAACAACAAGGCCACGAAUCUUACAAAGGAGUCCCCCAAGCAAAAGAACAACUCCGGCGAGGAUGAGCAGCAGCUGAAGGUGAAGCAGGAGGGUCAAAAGCCGACAAUGGAAACACAGGGACCGCCGCCACCGCCUACGUCGCAGUACUUCCUCCACCCAUCGUAUAUAUCGCCGAAUCCGUUCGGCUUCGAUCCCAACCAUCCCAUGUACCGGAACGUACUGAUGUCCGCUGCCGGGCCAUACAACACGACACCGUACCAUCUUCCAAUUCCCCGCUACCAUGCGCCAGAAGAUCUCUCCCGCAAUACGGGUACCAAGGCACUGGAUGCACUACAUCAUGCAGCCAGCCAGUACUACACCACGCACAAGAUCCAUGAGCUCAGCGAACGGGCCCUGAAGUCGCCCACCAGCGGCAGCGGCCCCGUCAAGGUGAGCGUCAGCAGUCCCAGCAUCGGACCACCCCAGUCGGGUGGCCCAUCAAACAGCGGUCCGGGCUCCGGUCCCAAUGUCCUCGGUGGCAACGGGUCAGGCCAGCCCGGCUCGGGUCCUGGGUCUGCGGGCGGUGUGCCGCUGAAUCUACAGCCACCAUCAGGAGGAUUGGGCUCGACGCCCGGUAAUAAGCCGGACCUGGCCGGCCAGAAGUCGCACGGAGUGCCGCCUGGGUCGGCUCUGGACGCGCACAAACAGACGAUGCCUGGUGGCCCACCACCCAGCGGACCACCCGGCAACGUUGGUGUGGGAGGCGUCGGAGGGGCCGCUGUGAAUGGUCCUGCGGGUGGUGGUGGCGCAGGUGCCGCUGACUCCCGCAGUCCGCCUCCGCAAAGGCACGUCCACACUCAUCACCACACACACGUAGGCCUCGGUUAUCCCAUGUAUCCGGCGCCCUAUGGAGCGGCUGUCUUGGCUAGCCAGCAGGCUGCUGCUGUAGCUGUGAUAAACCCGUUUCCGCCGGGACCGUCGAAAUGAGAACCAAUGAACGGGAGCAACGAGAAGAAGGUGUAUAACGUGAAGAACAACUAGCGUGUAUCGUAAUGGAAAUAGGAGUGUGGGAGUGGCGAUUGCAUUUGCUGGUUCUCAUCAAACUGAUUGUCCGAAGAUCCCAAUGGACAGACAGGAACACCGACAGACACUCUCAUUGGGCGCGCCAACUUCUUCCCGUCGAAUCCUGUUCAGGUCUUCUAUGCUUCCCAUAGUCCUUCGGAUGCUGAUGCAUACAAUCGAGUUAAUGAGGAAUCGACUAUUUAUAUGCAUAAGUAUUUUUUGUAUGUUUCGUUCAACGUGGUUAACUAUAGCUAUCCUAAGGUAUCACUACUAUUAGCACAUACACAACUAUACAUAUACAUAUACAUAUAUAAAUAUAUAUAGCAUAACUACUAUAGCGGUUUUUUCCUAAGUGUAUUUGCAUAUACAUAUAGAUAUCUAUAUUUAUAUACACAUACAUAUAUAUAUAUAUAUUAAUGUAUAUCAUACGAGAGAGGCGUAAUCGAACAUGAACAAACAAACAAACAGACAGACAGACGAACACAAGAAGAAAAUGUUGCAAAAAACAAGCAAACAAACAAACCCCAAAACUGUAGUGUGUUGAUUUCUUUGUAAAAAUAACCAUUAAACGAAAACUAACCAGAGAUAAGAAAUAUAAACGAAUUAAUAUUGUUUAACGAUUAAAUUAUGCAAUUACACCGUACAAGUUUAGCAUUUAGAGUUUGUAUUAAUUAUCCCUAUCUGUGUUGCGGAUGGAGCUGCGCGAGAUUUGCAUCUAAAAGACAAAUUGGGCGCGCCGCCCAUUCAUUCUUUAUACAACUAAAUAUAUAUGUAUGUAUCUACUA